AUGGAAUAUAAUUUAUAUCUGAUAUAAGAUUACCUUACUAAAGUAGAAACCACGAAUUCAAUAUUUAAAAACGUUCAUUCAGUAAAUCUAAAUAAUCAUAAUCACAUUGAUUAACUUCUUGUUUCUGAUAUCUCAUUUAUUGUAGCUUAUGAUUUCAAAUAAAAUGCUUUUAAAUAUUUUGAUGUGUAAACUUUAUCAGAGUUAUAAUCAACAGGAGUAACUCUACCUUUUGUUGAUUCAUAAUCCUUUUUGUAAUAUAAGAACAUCAUUUUUAUUGGUACUUCUUAAUAUGUUUUAACAUAUAUCUCUUCAUCAAACAAAGUUGAAAUUUCUAAAAGUACGCAUACAUCAUAAAACUCAUACACACUACCUAACUAUCAUAUUAUUUUAUAUGCUGUUUCAUAUUCCUUCACAUAUUAGGUUUUUUAAGGGAGUGAUCAAUACUUAGUAAAUAUUUAAUAAACCCUUAAUGUCUGUAAUCCUGGUUGUUUAACAUGUGAUUCAAUAACUGCCUGCAAUAUUUGCUCAUAACCUCUUUACUUGAAUAAUCAAUUUUAAUGUAUUUCUACAUGCCCUAGUUAAUUUGUUCUAGAUAUUUCUAAUAAUAAUUGCGUUUGUAGGUCUAAUAGUACAUUAUAAAACUAAAGUUGCCCCUGUAACACAUCAUAUGUAGAUAUUAAUGGAAGUUGUCUACCUUGCCCAUAAUACUGUAACACAUGUACCUCCUAAAAAACUUGCUCUAUUUGUCAAACAGGGUAUUUACUUGCAGCAGAUGGUACCUGUGUUUCUACUUGCCCAACUAAUUUUAUCCCAAAUUAAACUAAAACAUAUUGUGUUUGCCGUUUAAAUAGCACUUUAUUAAAUUUGCAAUGCCCAUGCAAUACAGGUUACUUUGAUGUAAAAGGUGAUUGUAAAUAAUGUCCAUAUAACUGUGAUGUAUGUAUAAGCUAAACAGCUUGUUCUUAGUGUUCUAAAAAUUAUUAUUUGACAGUAUAAUAAACUUGUGCUUUUCCUUGUCCUUAGACAUUUAAACCUGAUUUUAUUUCAAAAAAAUGUGUUUGUGACUCAAAUAGAACAUUAUAAAAUAAUUUAUGUCCAUGCAAUUCUUCAUACGUAGAUAUUAAUGGUGAAUGUUAACCUUGUUCUUCUAAUUGCAUAAAAUGCACUUCAUAAACAUCAUGCGCAGUUUGCUAAUAGAGUUAUUACUUAACAAUUGAGAUGACUUGUGUAGCAAAAUGCCCAUUAACAUUUGUAGUAAAUGCAAAUCAAACCUAAUGUGUUUGUGAUAUAAAUAGAACUUUAACAAACAAUAAAUGCGUUUGUAAUAGUGGUUUUAUAGAAAUUAAUAAUAUUUGCAAAUAAUGUCCAUAAAAUUGUAAUACUUGCUCAUCACAAAAAAUAUGCACAGUUUGUUAGAUAGGGUAUUAUUUAACAGCGGAUGGUAUUUGUACAUAAUCUUGUCCAUUAACAUUUAUUGUAGAUUCUACUAAAACGAAAUGCGUUUGCGAUAUAAAUAGAACUUUAACAAGUAAUUUGUGCCUUUGUAAUGAAACAUUCAUUGAUGUUGAUGGUAAAUGUUAGCCAUGUCCUUAAAAUUGUAAGAAAUGCUCAUCCUAAACUAUCUGCUAAUUUUGCCAAGAUGGAUUUUAUUAGACUAUAAAUUAGACUUGUGUUUCCUAAUGUCCUAAUAGCUUUAUUGUUGAUGUUUAAUAGAAAAAAUAUUAAACAACUAAUGUAUUACAUGCUAAGAUGGAUGCAUUAAAUGUACUAGCCCAUCUCCAUCGGAUUGUUUGUAAUACUCUAAUUGUGGUUAAUAAUUUAAAUAUGAUUUCUUAUCAUAAACCUGCAUAUAAUGUUUAUGGGAUUUUUAAGCAAGAAAAUGUGUAGAUACUUGUAAAAAUUAAUAAUUUUAUGAUUCAUAAAAAUAACUUUGCUAAUAAUGUUUUUAUCAUGAUGGAAAAUGCUAAAGUAAAUGUCCUAAUGGUUUUUACUCUGACAAUACUUUUUAAUGUUAAUAGUGUAAUUCACAAUGUAAAUCAUGUAAUGGGCCUAAUAAUAAUCAAUGCACUAGCUGUGAAUUACCACUUAUUUUAUAAGAUGACAGUACUUGUUCUAUCUGCAAAUUAGGAGAAUUCUUAGAUUAAUAAUAAAAUAUUUGUAAAAAAUGCAAUAUCAGCUGCUUAACCUGCUUUGGACCGAAUUCAAAUAACUGUUUAUCUUGCAUACAAGAUUAAGUUCUAUCAAAAGAUAAUAAAAAGUGCUUGA